CGCUGUGCCUUGCGAGUGUGUCCAUGUAUAAGGGAGGUGCUUGUUUGUUUUUCAUGUGCGAGUCUCGGCGUUUUGGUGAAGCUGUGCGAGGGUUUGGUCGGUUGCUGGUUCUACAUCCCACCUCUAUGGGCUCCGCCUCCAACCGACCAGUUGGUCCGUUGGGUGCUGAGAAAUCUUAGGGGGUAGGGAUGGACCCAGCGACGACACUGCCACAACCUUUGCAAAUACUCUAGCGACCAGCACUGUCAGUGGCGGAGCUUUACCAAUAAAUAUUGGAACCUCGUCAGCAUCAUCAUCUUGGUCGCUGUCUCAUUCCCCUUUGUACUCUUUGGUUCGCAGGAUUCUAGAAAUAUGGGAAUAUGAAAGUCACAGGAAUAUGUGAUAGGAUCCUCCAAAAUUCCUUUGAAUCAAAGAGGCCUCAAACUUGCUGGUGCUGGUGGUGGUGAUGCUGGUGCAAGCUCCUCUCUCUCUCUCUCUACUGCGAAGUUCCUGUGAACUUACUUGGAUCAAAGAGGCCCUAAGCUGUCACACUUCUUGUUUGUGAAUGGUGCAUGGCUUUAUGAUUAACCUCAGUUUCUGGUUGCUGAACUGUGUCGUGCUGAAUGGACUUUCCAUUUUGGCAAGUCUGCUGGAGUUGCUCUUAGCUGGCGCGGGGCUAUGAUGAUUGAUUAUGGCUGAUAUAAGCAUGCUCUUGAGCAAUCGAGGCACUUUUCGGGUAUUAAGUUGGAUACCCCCUUGUUUCUUUGAGCCGUUUUGAUCAUGCGCUUAUUUUAGUGUCUCUGUCCUUGGAUGGUCAUUUCUUAUGAGUGAUAACCAGGACAGUCUCACCAUUGUAAGAACAGAUUGAUCUGGUGAUGGAGACACUAGGGAAAGGGUCAUAUGAUCGAGCAAAGGCGAAUCUGAGCCCAUUCAAAUGCAGUUCUGGUCUCAAGCACAGUGUGCUAUGUUGUUGCUGUUCUGUAUUUGUAUUUAGCGCCUCUUUGGUUUGCAGGAAUUUAAGAACACAACAACAACAAAGCCUUUAGUCCCAAACAAGUUGGGGUAGGCUAGAGGUGAAACCCAUAAAGAUCUCGCAACUAACUCAUGGUUCUUGCACAUGGAUAGCAAGCUUCCACGCACCCUUGUCCAUGGCUAGUUCUCUGGUGAUACUCCAGUCCUUGAGAUCUCUCUUUAGGGAUUCCUGUCAUGUCAAGUUUGGUCUACCCUGACCUCUCUUGACAUUAUCAACACGCUUUAGCCGUUCGCUAUGCAUUGGCGCUUUUGGAGGCCUGCGCUGAAUAUUCCCAAACCAUAUCAGACGAUGUUGGACAAGCUUCAUUGAAGGAAAAAAAAAUGCAGGAUAUUGCAUUGUUAGGGUAUCUCCAACCCUGACCCCCAAAGUUCUGUCAGCAAAUGUCUGCGGACAUGUCCUGACGUGUCCGCGGACAGCCGGCUGGGCGGAGGGCAUUCUUGCUAGGGCGAUGAUGAUUGACCGUGGCUGAAAUAAGUGUGCCUUUGAGCAAUCAAGGCACCUGUGGGUUUCAAGUUGGAUCUUCCCUCUUGUCUCUAGAAUCCUUUUUGAUCCUGUGAUACUUAUUGUUCUGUCCUUGGACGGUCAUUCUUGUUGAGUGAUAACCAGGGCAGCUCCACUCUAUAAACAGAUUGAUCUGGUGAUAAGAGAUGACGGGGGUAGGUUAUAUGAUCGAGGAAAGGCGAAUCUGAGCCCACUGCAAUGAACCCUAAACCCUUUUUAUUUGUAUUUAAAGGUGUUGCUUAUUCUCAAGUGUUUAUAGCAGUCUCGUGCAAAGAUUUCUUCCCUCUCAUACCUUUAUUGCAUAUAAGUUGUUCUUGAUCUUUUAUUGUUUGUUGUUGCUCCUUAAUUUAAUCUAGUUAAGGGUAAGCUGCACUUUGCUAUACUUGAAAGACUCGCUCCCAGCAAGUUAUCAUUUGAAUGGCUUGUUUUAAUUCGUUGUGACACUAUUACUUCUAUUUUUCCGGAAGUUUCCCGAUGCAGCUAUUUGUUCUUACUCAAUCCGUUUCUAAAUAUAAGUCUUUUUAGAGAUUUCAAAUUUUCAAUACAAACUAAAUACUGAUGUAUAUAGACAUAUUUUAGAGUGUAAAUUCACUCAUUUUGCUCUCUAUGUAGUCCCUUAUUGACAUAUCUAAAAAGACUUAUAUUUACGACCGGAGGGAGCACAUGCUAAAAUUAUAAUGCUACAGAAUUUUUUCUAGUUUGUUUUUUUGAGAGAGAAUGCUGUAUUGUUCAUGUAAGGAGUGACCGAAGCAUGUCUCAUGUUGCUGUCUGUAUCUAUAAGCAAUUUUCCGACUGCUGUGAUUAAGUUGCUGGGAUAAUCCGAGCCAUCGAGUGGACAUUUCUCUGAAGCUUUCCCCAAUUCUGUCUGUCACCACUGCAUUUUUUGGAUCACGCACCAGACUAAAUGUAGUGAACUUCGAAGGAUGUGUGUUUUGGUAGCUUCUUAACUUGUUUCCUUGCUAAGUAAGCCUUCGGGGUUAUUCUGUUUUGUUGCUGCCUUCUUUAUACAUAUAGUUUUGGUCUUUUGCAUCACUUUGUCUUGCACUCUUCCGAGCAAGCUUAUAACAGUGAUGACUUUGUCCAUUUAGUCAUAGCAACUAUUUGAAUUAUCAAAAUUUGCUACCAUUUGGUUACCACCAGAUGUUUGUCUGUUGACAAAACAUGGUCCAGGAAGGCAUUUUGUCUGCUAUGUUUUUUGAAAUAGAAUUCUGAUUCAGGGCUAUGAUGAUUGACCAUUGCUGAUAUAAGCAUGCUCUCGAGCAAUCGAGUAAGCUUUGGGUAUAAGUUGGAUCCUCCCUUGUCUCUUGGAGCCGUUUCAACCACAACAAGAAUUAUGGAACGGAGGGAGUAUAUAUUUUCUGUGGCUCUGUCCUUGGAAGGUCAUUUUGAUCAGUGAUAACCAGGGCAGCUCCACAGUAUAAACGGGUUGAUCUGGUGGUAAGAGAUGAUGGGGGUAGGUUAUAUGAUCUGAGCCCCUCAAAUGCAAUUCUAGUGCUCCUUCAGCAUAAUGUGCUACGUUGUUUGUCUUUUCUUAUUUGUAUUUGAAGGUGUCGCUUUUUAUGCUCCUGUUUUUAUAGCUGUUCUGUGUAUAUAUUUCUUCCCUCGUACCUUUAUUGUGCAAGAUGUUCUUGCUCUUUUUUGUUUCGUUCUUGCAUCUAUCUGCACUAUAGUACGUGAAGUAUCAACCAAAAAAAAUUGGUCUUUGAUGCUACAUAUUCAGUUAAUUUUGUUCCCACUGUGCAACUUAAAUGUAUUGUCAUUGCCCCCAGCACAUUAUACUUUGUGGUUUGCACACAUGCAUGGCAAAAUACUCCAAAUCUGAUGUGGUGUAAUGAUGCUCUAUCAUGUAUUUUAAAAGCAUGCCUUGGGGCAAGCUUCUAUAUCACCACCCUUCUCCACAGAAGCAUGUUCAAAUCAUAAGCUAGUGUUGGUGGUGCUGUAAUUCGUAUGGUCAACCAGAUAAUCAGUGCAACAUGCUCGUCAUGUGUUUGGAUGCAACUGAGAGUGCAUAUGCACAUUAGAUACUGUGAAUAAAAGGUUGUGUGCUUGGCCAGUAAUUUUAAUAUGUGAGGCCUUCAUUGGCUAUGUAUAAUAUAAUGUUCUCUUGCCAUGUAUGUGUUGAGUGUUGGAUAACAAAAUGAUAAUGUUAAGUGAAAUUCUUCAAUAUCAAAUGAACUCUUUGUACAGAUUUUUUUAGUUCUAUUGGAUUUCCCAUAAUAGUUUGCAUACAGGUCUACCAUUGUGUCUCUUCAUGAAUGCGGUACUACUAAGCAAGCCUGAGAAGCCUUUGUAAUAGUUUGUGUAAUUGAGCAGUUUCUUUCUUUCAACUGCCAUAAUGUGUGCAAUUUCAUCUUGAUUCUAAAGUACAUGUUUCCUUUCUACUUGAAGUUAGAUGUAGGUCAGUAGGCAUCAGGAUGAUUGCAUAGCCCAAUAUUCUCCCUUGUUACAUAAUUUUGCAAGCUAUUGGUGACCACAAAUUAUUACGGGUUCUGUAUGCCAAACAAUGCUCUCUGUUUAAUGCAAAAUAUAUUGUUUGUAGGCACUAUUUGGUUUUGCUUGACAUUGAUUUUGGUGGUUUGCAUUUAAGUUAAAAUGCAGGCAGUGGUUGUUCUUUAUUGUUUGGUAAUUUAAUUUUUCUCUUCUGUUAGUUAUACUUGUUCUUUAUUGUUUGGGAUUUUGUUGCUUUCAGGAGAUAGCUUCUUCUCGCUUGCUUCUUCAGACUUGUAAUCCAUGAUCAUUUUGCUGCUUUCAGUAGGUAGCAUAUUCUUUAUUCUUUUGGGGUAAUUCUGUGUUGUUGCUGCCUUCUUUUUACAUAUAGUUUUGCAUCGCUUUGCUUUGCACUCUUCCUGGCAUGCUUAUAACAGAGACCUUUGUCCAUUAGACAUAGUAACUGUUCGAAUUAUCAAAAUUCGCUGCCAUUUGCUCACCACCAGAAGUUUAUCUGUUCACAAAACAUGGUCCAGGAAGGCAUUUUUUCUGCUAUGUUUUUUGAAAUAGAAUUCUGAUUUGGGGCAAUGAUGAUUGACCAUUGCUGAUAUAAGCAUGCUCUCGAGCAAUCGAGUAAGCUGUGCGUAUUCAGUUUGAUCCUCCCUCGUCUCGUGGAGCCAUUUCAACCAUGAUAAGAAUUAUGGAACGGAGGGAGUACUAAGAGUAACUCUAGCAGAUUUGCUAUAUUUUUGGUGGCUCUGUCCUUGGAAGGUCAUUUUGAUGAGUGAUAACCAGGGCAGCUCCACACUAUAAACGGGUUGAUCUGGUGAUAAGAGAUGAUUGGGGUAGGUUAUAUGAUCAAGCAAAGGCGAAUCUGAGGCCCCUCAAAUGCAAUUCUAGUGCUCUUUCAGCAUAAUGUGCUGCACUGUUUCUCUUUUUUUUAUCUGUAUUUGAAGGUGUCGCUUAUUUAUGCAAUUGUGUUUAUAGCUGUCCUGUGUAUGUAUUUCUUCCCUCUCAUACCUUUAUUGCGUAAGUUGUUCUUGCCCUUUUUUUUCAUCUGUCUGCACUAUAGUACAUCAAGUAUUAGGCAAGAAAAAUUUGUACUUUGAUGCUACAUAUUCAGUUAGUUUUGUUCCCACUGUUCAACUUAAAUGGAUUGUCGUGGCCCCCGGCACACUAUACUUUGUGGUUGCAUACAUGCACAGCAAAAUACUCCAAAUCUAAUGUGGUCUAAUGAUGCUCUAUCAUGUAUUUUAAUAAGCAUGCCUUAGAUCAAGCUUCUAUAUCACAGCCCUUCUCCACAGAAGCAAGUUCAAGUCGGUGGUGCUGUAAUUCGUAUGCUUGUCAUAUUCCUUUUGGAUGCAAUUGAGAGUGCAUAUGCACAUUAAAUGCUGUGAAUCAAAGCUUGCGUGCCUCGUCAGUAAUUUUGAUAUGUGAGCCCUCGAUUGGCUAUGUAUAAUAUGUUGUUCUCUCGCCAUGUAUGUGUUGAGUGUUGGUUAACAAAAUGAUAAUGUUCAGUGAAAAUUUUCAAUAUCAAACAAAUUUGUUGUACCGAGUUUGUUAGUUCUAUUGAAUUUCCCAUGAGAGUUUGUAUGCCGGUAUACCAUUGUGUCUCUUCAUGAAUGCGGUCCUGCUGAGCAAGCCUGAGAAGCCCUUGUACUAAUAGUUUGUGUAUUUGAGCAGUUUCGCCCUUUCAACUGCGAUGAUGUGUGCAAUUCCAUCUUGAUUCUAAAGUAGAGUUCCUUUCUACUUGAAGUUAAAUCGAGGUCAGUAGGCAUCAGGAGGAUUACAUAGCCCAAUAUCCUCCCUUGUCACAUAAUUUUGCAAGCAAUUGGUGACCACAAAUUAUUACGGGUUCUGUAUGCCAAACAAUGCUCUGUUUAAUGCAAAAUAUUUUUUUGUAUUGUAUUGUACUGCUAUUGCACAAGAUUUCUGGUUCCUCCUAACUAUGAGGCACUAUUUGGUUAUGCUUGACGGUAAUUUUGGCGCUUUAUUUCAACUAGAAUGCACGCAGGACAUGUUUGGUCAUUUGAUAUUUUUCUUCUCUCCUACGGCUACUUGUUCUUUAUUUGUUUCUAAUCAUUUUGCUGCUCUCAAGAGAUGCUUACCAUAUUCUCGCUUGGUUCAUCAGUGACCUCAUCCAUUUGGUUUGGUGUCAAAAGAGAAAGGGCCUCCCAACCAAGUUUCAUGUUCAUCUUAUUGGCUCUAGCUGUGAUCUUGUAGAUAUUGCUGCAUGUGGAACAUAUUUUAGCGUUUCCUAAGUUGGGUUCUAGAGUGGUUGCACUCUGUUAUACCAAGGUAGACUUGCUGGCUUGUUUUUAAAUGGUUGUCAUACCAGCAUUGUUUUCUCCCAGCAAAUUACCAGCUGCAGCAUUUUGUUCUUACAUGUGACAGAGAACCGAGGAUGUUGCAUGUUGCUGUCUGUAACCAUAAGCAAUUUUUUGGCUGCUGUGACUCUGAUUGAGUUGCUGGGUUUAGCUGAGCCACUGAGGUCUGAGGUGAUAUUUUGACUGCUGUUACUGUUGCCUCGAGUGCCAGUUUGGGCGUUCGACGCCUACGGUCUGUUCGAAGUGCUACGGUUUUGUUGUGUUACCCCGUGACAGGUUUCUUCAAUGUUAAGCAUCAUUUAGCAUGCUCUUGUUUUCUCAAACCGUUUGUCUCCAUCUCUUCGACCUGGUUUGAAUAAUUAUACACUUUUGGUUGUACGUGUGCAGGGCUGCAUGCAGGCUGGCUGGGAGUGUGUACGCUCUCGCACACCCGCGCCUUCUUAAAUCCCAGACCACAUCGGCAGUGACGCCGGCGAGCUGCAGGGAGUGACGGGCAGAAAUGGCGGCCUCCUCCCACUCCGCCGUCAUCUUGGUGCUGCUGUUCCUCCUCCUCGUCGUGGCGUUCGUGCCCGCACCGGCAGCAGCAGUGAGCCCCUCCAAGCGCCCCACCCAUCAGCCUCCCUCUUUCCCUGCCGGAAUCUCUACCCUGCGGCAGCUGGCUGCAAGCUCGAGCAGCGGGUACGCCACUGCGGCGAAGCCGUUCACGGCGCAGUACUUCCUGCAGGAGCUGGACCACUUCACCUUCACGCCCAACUCCUCCCGCGUCUUCUCCCAGAAGUACCUCCUCAACGACACCUUCUGGCGGCGGAAGCCCACCGUCGGGCCGCUGUUUGUGUACAUGGGCGGCGAGGCCAACAUUGAGUGGUUGGCCACCACCACCGGCUUCAUGUUCGACAUCGCGCCAGAGUUCGGGGCUCUCAUCGUCUUCAUCGAGCAUCGGUUCUACGGGGAGUCAAAGCCGUUCGGGAAUGACUCAUACAAGUCAACUGACAUGCUGGGCUACCUGACGUCCACACAGGCGCUCGCUGACUUUGCCAUCCUCAUCACCAGUCUCAAGCAGAACAUGUCCAUUGUUGAUGCCCCCGUCGUCGUCUUCGGCGGCUCUUACGGCGGCAUGUUGGCUUCAUGGUUCAGGUUAAAGUAUCCCCAUGUCGCCAUGGGAGCCGUGGCGUCCUCUGCACCCAUCCUGCACUUCGAUGACAUCACCCCGUGGUCAAGCUUCCAUGACACCGUCUCACAGGACUUCAAGUCCGAGAGCCUGAAUUGCUUCAGUGUCAUCAAGGCAGUCUGGGAUGUGCUAGAUAAAAGGGGAUCCAACGACACUGGGCUCUUGGAGCUCAGCAAAACCUUCAGGGCCUGCAAGACCGUGCAGUUCAUUUAUUCGCUGAGCAGCUGGCUACGGACAGCGUUCAUCCACACAGCCGUGAUGGACUAUCCAACCCCAGCAAAUUUCUUGACGAAUCUGCCUGCUUACCCAGUCAGGGAGAUGUGCAAGAUCAUUGAUUCUUUUCCUGCGGGAGCCGACGUCAUCGACAAGGCUUUCGCUGCGGCGAGCAUGUACUACAAUUACACAGGCGACCAGAAAUGCUUCCAGGUGGAGGGUGGCGAUGAUGACCCUCAUGGCUUCAAAGGAUGGGGCUGGCAGGCCUGCACAGAGAUGGUCAUGCCGAUGACGGUGUCGAACGAGAGCAUGUUCCCACCAUCCAGCUUCAGUUACGAGAAGACGUCCGAGAACUGCCUCGCGGGCUACAAAGUUCUUCCGAGGAUGCACUGGAUCACUUCUGAAUAUGGUGGCCAUAAAAUUGACAAGGUUCUCAAGAGGUUUGGGAGCAACAUCAUCUUCUCCAAUGGGAUGCGAGACCCGUGGAGUGGAGGCGGGGUACUCAAGAACAUAUCAUCCAGCAUCAUUGCUCUUGUCACGGAGAAAGGGGCCCAUCAUUUGGACCUCAGAUCUGCAACCAAGGAUGAUCCAGACUGGAUUGUAGAACAAAGGAGACAGGAAGUUGAGAUCAUACAUGGAUGGAUAGACCAGUAUAACAAGGACAUUGCACAGAUGUAGCAGUAAGGAGGCGCCAUUAAUUUUCACGGUCAUGGAAAAUAAAUGUGGCUACAUGGAAAAUGUAAGGACUUUGCUUCCUCCUACAGGGCAAUAAGCACAAAAACUUAAGAUAGUGCAUCAGUGCAACUUCAAAUUCAACAAGACACCAGAAAUUCUUGAACUUAAGCAGUCAU